UUCAGAGCUACAGUUUCUUUUCAUUUUGGACUCUCACUGCUGCUACAUUUUGUGUUGUUGUAUGGAUGAUUAGUAGAUUAAUGUUUUAAGGCAGUGGGAAAAUAACAAAUAAAAUAACGAGAAAGGUGUAAAUUAUGAGCCCACUGAGCUGAAAGGAAAUUAUGAAAAUGACACUCUUCUUGCUGAAAAACUAAUUCUGACCAAAUUAGAGUGAAAAUAUGCCAGUGAGGUAAUAAGCAGUUUUUAUUUGAAGGCCUACAAAAUGCCUCACUAUAAUAGUGCACAUUUCUGCCCAUGUUAUUUUACACAUUGCUUGUAAUUUGGUGCUGCUGGCAGGUACAGAUGCAAUCAUCAAGAAGGUUACUGUUGAGUGUCCUUACUUCAUGCCUCUUCAACAUCUGACAGGACUGCAUCUUUGCAUUGCAGUGGUUGUUCUCACAGGAGGUGCUAGGGAACAUCUCAAGGCAGCACUGGAUGGGAAGUAUUUUCAGAUGUGCACAUGAUGUUGUAUUGCAUACUUAGUUUUACUUUUCCUACAGGCAACUUGUGUACUUAUAAAAAAAUAAGGAUUUUUUAAGGUUAACAUGGCUGAAUAGGCAAGCAGAUGUUUUAUUGGUCACAUCUUUGAGAGUGUGAGGGGUCAUUAGUUGUGCAUUUGACCAGAAACAAUACCAAAAACCAAUAUACCAGAAACAAUACCAAAUUUAUAUUUGGUAUUGGUAUUUAAAGCCUUAAAUGUAUGUGUUAAAUGUAUUUUCAAAUGACUGAGAUGCACAUGGUUAGAGCCUGGCUGGAUACUGUCAUAUCUGUUGGCUCAGCCUCUGAUGUCACUGAAUGAGCAGUGCGGGCUUCCAGUGCGCACCUUCGGGGACGCAGCGGUGGCACAGGCAGUGAAUUUUCCUGCACGUCCACAACUACCCAGAAACCUUUUGUUUCUGCCAUAUUUCCAGAAUCCGGGUUUGAAUCUGUGGCUGAGCGUCCAAUGAGAAACUCCUCAUCGGUGGUGUUGUAUUUGAAUGAACUUUUCAGAAGCAGAAAAUCAGGUAAGGUGGUGUCACACUUGCAAUGCUGUCCUUGAGCGCGGACUGUUGCGCUCUUUUUUUUCACUGGAGCCAUAGUCUGUGCUCAUAGAGACAUUUGCUGUUCGUGUUUGGGGUUUUUUCUAGCCGUCGUCAUAAAUUUCAGUUGUCUUGACCGACAUCUGUUCAAGUUGAGCGGGCAGUUCACGUCCAGCAGCAGCCCGGCCGGUGCAGGCAGCGUUCAACACCAUGGAGAGCAGCGUGGUGCACAUCUACAAAGAGGACAGGUGUCCCUCGGGACAAGCGGAGGAGUGCAUCCCAAACUUCACCUGGCAACCCGGCUUAUCGGACAUCUUCAACUACACACCCAACGGCACCUGGGACUCUGAACCCGAGCCCAUGUCGCCUAUCAUCCCCAUUAUAGUCGCGGUGUACUCGGCGGUGUUUGUGGUGGGCUUGGUGGGCAAUUGUUUGGUGAUGUAUGUCAUCAUUAGAUACACCAAAAUGAAAACAGCCACCAACAUCUACAUCUUCAACCUGGCUGUGGCCGACGCUCUGGUCACCACCACCAUGCCCUUCCAGAGCACCGACUACCUGCUCAGCUCCUGGCCGUUUGGCAAGGUGGCGUGCAAAGUCUUCAUCUCCAUCGACUACUACAACAUGUUCACCAGCAUCUUCACCUUGACCAUGAUGAGCGUGGACCGCUAUGUGGCCGUGUGCCACCCCAUAAAGGCCCUGGAUUUCCGUACACCCGUCAAAGCAAAGAUCAUCAAUGUGAUCAUCUGGAUGCUGUCGUCUGCUGCUGGGAUCCCUGCCAUGAUACUUGGCAGCACGAAGACAAAUAACGGGACUACAGAGUGUGCCCUACAGUUCCCCGAACCCUACAUCUACUGGGACACCCUGAUGAAGAUCUGUGUCUUUAUCUUUGGCUUUGUGGCACCUGUCAUCAUCAUCACCGUCUGCUACACGCUGAUGGUCAUGCGGCUGAAGAGUGUUCGCCUGCUGUCGGGCUCACGUGAAAAGGACCGCAACCUCCGCCGGAUCACUCGCCUGGUGCUGGUGGUGGUCGCCGUCUUCGUGGUGUGCUGGACGCCCAUCCACAUCUUCAUCUUAGUCAAGGCGCUGUCGGCCAACGUGCCUGAGACCACCGCCGUCAUGGCCGCCUACUUCUUCUGUGUGGCGCUGGGCUACACCAACAGCAGUCUCAACCCCAUCCUCUACGCCUUCCUGGAUGAGAACUUCAAGAGGUGCUUCAGGGACUUUUGCUGCCCCGGCGUUAAAGGACACAGAGACUGUCAGGGGGUGAGCCGGGUGAGGAGCACCCUGCGGGACCACUCGUGUCCCACAGAAGCCCGGGGAGAUAUGAGGCAGGCCAGGCCCGUAUGACUAGCCAUGGACAUGUCCUCUAUGCCCUAUCAGGGCUGGGAGGACUCCAAUGACCUGGGAUUGACUCAAAUCACCACUGCCAUCUGAGGGAGGGGCUAAAGAGAGGGCUAGUUGUUAUUUAUUUAUUCAGCAUGUUGGUUAGAGAAUCCAAAAGCAUGUUCACUUAAAAGAUAAUCUGGUGGUAUUGUACAUUUUUCUAAAUCCAUGAAAAGACCAAAACCAUCAAAUAAUUUAUCCUAAUAAAAGGCAUUUCUUGUGUAGCCAAAACCUGAUAAAGGUUAUUCCCUCACUGUUGUCCAAAAACUAUUAAAAACACAUCAAUGAGCCACACUUUUGCACUGGAUGUUCCUUCAUUAUGAUGAACAUGGGCACUGUAUUUUAAAUGAAUCCCUCAUACAUCAUCCUGCUGCUGUAAAUGCUCACUAGAGCACCAAAUGGGUAUCAGUCUGAAAAUAGUCCCCAACAAGUAAACAAUUUACUCUUGUUAGAGUAAUAUUUGCAAAAAUCCACAGUGCCCAGCUGUCUGAAAAUGACUUCAAAUGAAAUAAAAAUGAAACUGUAUAUCCUGUGUGUGACCUGUUUUUAAAGAUUUACGUCUUUAGUGAGAACAAAUGGGCUUGGGGCUGACAAGGUAGAGAAGUCAGAAAGUGUUGAUAGAUGGACUAACAUAUUGUUGUUUUUGGCCUUUUCAUGGAAUGUGUUGACAUUAAGAAAAAUAUAGAAUAACACCAGACUUAUCCUUUAAAAUGAAUUUUAGAUUAAAAGCCUUUGAGACAGUGAUUGUCUAAGUGCAACGAUGCCUCCAGGAUCACAGCCCAGCUAGAUAAAUCACUGUAUAGUAUUUCGUAAAGUAUAAAAUCCCCUCUGAAGAAACUGAAGCUUAAUGUAUUAAAAAGCUGAAAUGUAACUCAAAACAAGUACUUUUUCAUAUUAUUUUUCGCAUUCGCAUCCAGACAAUACAAACCAAAAGUAUUUUAUUAUGUAGCUUAAUGACACUUUGUUUACCUGACCUGUUAAUCGUCCUAUAUGCUUUCACAUUAAAGUGAUUAAUAUAGUUCUCACAUGCAUAGAAAGAUCAACUGGUAUUUUGUGCACAGAAUGAAAACAAGUAAUUGUCCCUGAUUAUUUUGGGAACAAACUGCAUUACGAGCAUUGUGAUUGUGUUGUAUGUGAAUUGUAGUUUGGUGUUUUGCUGUAUUGUAAAUUUAUGAAUAGUCACUUUGGCAGUAAAUCCAUGUAGAAUAUUUAAUAACCUCUCAGGGAUCAUCCUCUGUAAUUCACCACAAGAACACACUGAAUGAAUGAAUCCUUGACUUCAGUGUCGAAACAUCAACGGCUACUGUUCUUUAAAGCUGAACUUUGUGCUUUAAGAAACUAUUAUUACAUCUGACACUCCUCCACACUUUUAAACAUCCUUAGCUGUGAUGUUACGUCUCAUUGAGGAGAUGUCGAAUACUGUACAUAGUGCUGUCGAUCUGGCAUUUUCUCACCUUGUCUGAAAUACUGGUACAUGUGAAAACUGGCCAGAGGGCUCCAAGGCAACAGCUGACAUGACAAUAACAUAAUGUAUCUACACAACAGGUUGGUUAGUGCUAUUUAAUGUUUAUACUGUCGACCUCUGCUCAACAUGUUAUCUUUUCAGCUUGAUAACUAUGCAUUUUUGAGUUUAUCCUCAUGAGAAUUAGGUUUUCCCUCAGCAAAAAAAAAAAACAAAAAAAAAUUGUAUGACUGAUUUACUGUCUUGGUUUAAUGAAUUAUUGUAGCUUUUAUAGGAGUCACUAGAUCAACCAGAAUUAUUAAAAUCAAAGACUUGUUAGGGUUUUUCUAAAUGUAGAGCUAUGAUUAAUAUAUGUAUCUGUCUAUCUGAUAAUGAUACAGUAGUUAUAGCAGAAAAUGUGUUUUUGUGCCUUGUUUUGUGUGCCUUACUUUGGCCUCUGAACUUAGAUAUUUUGCUUGCUCUAAAAGAUCAGCAAUUAGCCACAUACAUUUUUGUGAUUACUUUUUUUUCCUUUAAGUGAAUAUGAAAGUAUAUCCUGGUAUAAGCUUACUGCUUAAAGUUAUUGUAGCAUUAUCUCUAAGAAAAUUAAAGUCCCACUGUUAGCUUGGUUGCAGUACGUGCUUCUUAACUAUUCCUCUAAUACCGUAACUUAUUCGAUAGACACAUGUGUUUUCAUAAACAAAUUAUUGGCCGAAUUCAACCCAGGUCUGAAUUAUAAUGUAUAAUGUGCUGCUGCAUUGUAAAUUCAUUGUAUCUGUUGGAUAUUUUGCUGUAUCUUUAAGCUUUGAAUGUCAAAACAUGCUUCAGACAUGCGCAACUAAGUCACAAUAAAGCUGUAAAAUGUGA